AUGAUGCGACCAGCUUUCCAAUUGGCAACCCUACCACGCCGUGCGAUACCGGCAGCGAGGCAAAAUGCAACAGAGGCACUGUGGAGGAAGCAAUUCACUGCACCAACGAGAAGUUUCAAGACAACAACCCCGCAAGCAACAUAUCAAAGACCUGGCGCAUCGCAAACCCAAUUCCGCUGGUCGCAAAGUCAGACUUCAAGCUGGAUCACGUCUCGGCUCGAAACGAUCUUCAGGUCAUCACGCCGGACAUUCCGGUUCUCCGCCAGGCAGAGCAACUCGGCAGACGGUGCUGCCAAAGAGUCGCUUUCGCUCAGUCAAAGGUUGAAGAAGCUUUCGCGCGAAUAUGGGUGGUCGGCCGUUGGCGUGUAUUUGGCCUUGAGCGUUCUGGAUUUUCCUUUUUGUUUCCUGCUCGUGCGGAUCGUUGGAACCGACCGGAUUGGUCAACUGGAGCACUGGGUAGUGUCCCACGUUCAAAAAGUGAUCCCUGAUUCAGUCAAGACCUGGUGGACCGAAUACAGAGCCGCACUCAGCAAGGCCGAAACCGAGCAGCUGGGAAACAACGACAUCAGCGAUGCUGUUGAGAAGGCAACAUGGGGAGUCGAGGAAGCUCAGCGCGCCAACAAAGCGGAAGCCAGCUUGGGAACUCAGUUGGCUUUGGCAUAUGCAAUCCACAAAAGUUUCAUCUUCCUCAGAGUGCCUUUGACCGCCGCGGUUACGCCAAAGGUUGUCAAGGUGCUCAGAUCAUGGGGAUGGCAGAUCGGCAAACGGCGGAGCAAAUAA